AUGGCAGAUCUCACACCAACACAAAUCAGCUGGCAUCCUAAAGCCAACACUAGUGCACACCAUACUGACAGAUAUGCCCGCGCAGAGCUGACUGUGAGGAGAGGGCAGGUCUUCACUAUCACCCUGUGGUUCAACAGGCCAUGGCAGACGGGGGACAACUUAGCAUUCGUCACAGAAAUAGGGCCAGCCCCUUCACAGGCACAUCACACCAAGGCCAUCUUUAACCUCUCUGAGGCGGGGGCUAGUGGCUGGACUGCAGUUCAAGGACCCAGUGAGUCCGGCUACAUGAAUUUCUCAAUAUCCAGCCCAGCUAAUGCAGUCAUUGGACGUUACAAACUGAGCCUCCAGAUCACCUCUGGCAACAAGGUCUCCUCCAAGUUCCUGGGGCAUUUUGUACUGCUCUUUAACCCUUGGUGUUCAGGUGAUGAUGUCCACAUAGCUAACGAAGAUGCAAGACAGGAAUAUGUUCUGGAUGAAAAUGGAAUCAUCUUUAUCGGAAAUGCCAACUAUAUUGAAGCUAGAGGAUGGUACUAUGGACAGUUCCAAGAUGACAUUCUAAAUAUCUGCCUUACUAUGCUGGAUCUGAGCCUGUACUGUCGUCAGGACCCAGUCACCGAUGUGUUCCGCAGAGGAGAUCCUAAAUAUGUGGGGCGGGUGAUCAGUUCAAUGAUCAAUGGGAAUGAUGAUGAUAACGGGGUGCUGGAGGGAAGCUGGAAUGACAAUUUCGCUGAGCAUGAAAACCCAUCCAGAUGGAAUGGUAGUGUGGUGAUCCUCAGGAAGUGGCGUCAAGAGAAUUACAAGCCUGUCCAGUUCGGCCAGUGCUGGGUUUUUGCAGGCGUGAUGUGCACAGUCAUGAGAUGUUUGGGGAUUCCAACUCGUUUGAUUUCAAACUUUAAUUCUGCCCAUGAUGCGGAUGGAAACCUGAGUAUUGAUAAAUACUAUGACAGUGCUGGAAAGAGCCUUAACAUCGGCAGAGACUCCUCAUGGGAUUAUCAUGUCUGGAACGAAGUUUGGUUCAUUCGAAGAGACUUGGGAACACCAUACAGUGGAUGGCAGGUUCUAGAUUCAACUCCGCAAGAGCAAAGCAAAGGGAUAUUUCAGUGCGGUCCUGCUUCUGUCAGAGCCAUCAAAGAAGGUGAUGUAGACUUGGACUAUGACACCCUAUUUGUGUUUACGGAGGUGAAUGCUGACUGCAACCAAUGGAUUGUCUACAAAGAUGGAACCAGGAAAAAAGUGUAUUGUGACACUGAGAGAAUUGGCAAGGCCAUCAGCACCAAAGCUGUGGGCAGCAAUUCCCGUGUGGAUGUCACUAACAAUUAUAAAUAUCCAGAAGGCUCUCACGAGGAAAGAGAGGUGUAUAAAAAGGCCUGUGCUAAGGCACGCGGAUCAAACCUCACAGAAAGACUCUCAGAAGCUCCUAAUGAGGGAUCAUCAGAAACAGUUAGAAAACCUGAGGUCUCUGGGGUAUUCAAGCUAGUUGAACCCCCUGUGUUUGGCAAAGAUAUCAACCUAAUCUUAAUUCUCACCAACCUGUCCUCUGAAUAUAAACCUGUAAAGGUGAACCUGAGUGCAUCAACCAUCCUGUACACAAGGAGAGCAGUGGCAGAGAUCUUGCAGGCAGCCACAUCUAUUGAUCUUGGUUCUAAAGAAGAGAAACAGAUUCAGUUAAAGAUCUCUUAUGCCCAGUAUGAAAAGUCCCUGACUGAUGAUAAAAAGAUCUUAGUGACUGCCUUGUGUGAAGUCAUGCACACACAGGAGGCAAAGAUGUUGGUGGAGAAGACCAUCACUUUAGAGACUCCAACCAUCUUCAUCAAGAUUCCUGCACAGGUUGUGGUGAACAAUCCUGUUACCGUAGAGAUCUCAUAUGCCAAUCCUCUCCCGGAGCCAGUGAAGGACUGUGUGGUGCUGGUGAAACUGAUGAAUCAAGAGGUCAAGAUAGAUGUGGCAGCACUGGCACCCAGGGAGCGAUCAAAGAUUUACUUUGAAUUCACACCCCACAGAAGCGGUGCGAUGCAGCUGCAGGUGGACUUCUCUUGUGACAAGUUUGCCUAUGUUAAGGGCUUUGAGACCAUCGAUGUGGCCCUUGGUCAGUGA